UUAUCUCCAAAUUCAAAACUCCCAGCUCACUCCAGACUUCGAACCCUAACCCUAGUUUCAUCCAUCUCUCUCUGAUGUAAUCACGAUGAUGAUGGCGAAAUCGUUAAAGGGCGCGAAUGUGUUCAUGUCGCGGAACCUGGUCCCGCCGGAACUCUUUGAUUCGCUUCACGACGCUCUCAAGCUUAACGGCGCCGAUGUUUUCCUCUGCUGCGAUCCUUCGAGGAACGGCCCUAACGAUUACCACAUUAUCUCAUCUUCCGAUCACGAGAAAUUUGAGGAUCUUAGGGCUAAGGGUUGUAAUUUGCUCGGGCCACAAUGCGUGCUUUCAUGUGCAAAGGAACACAGGCCUCUUCCGAAACAAGGGUUCACUUGUUGCCUUGCGAUGGAUGGGGUUAAAGUCCUCGCGUCUGGUUUUGACAUGGAUGAGAAGGUUAAGAUUGGGAAGUUGGUGACUGCAAUGGGAGGUGUUUUGCAUACUAAAGCAUCUUCCGAUGUGAGCUUUGUGAUUGUGAAGAACGUUUUGGCUGCAAAGUACAAGUGGGCUUCUAACAUUCUCAAGAAACCAAUUGUUACUAUCAAUUGGUUACAUCAAUGCUGGACUGAGCACCGUGUGGUUCCUCAGGAGUCAUACAGGGUUCUUCCCUUUUCUGGAUUGACAAUUUGUGUUACUAAAAUUCCAGCAGAUGAACGCAAGGAGAUGGAAAUUCUUAUCAAACAAAAUGGGGGAAAAUAUUCUGCUGACCUUACCAGGAAUUGCACACAUUUAAUAACUGAUGCUCCUGAAGGUGACAAAUACAAGGUUGCCCGAAGAUGGGGCCAUAUCCAUAUUGUUACUCGGAAAUGGUUUGAUCAAUCUAUUGCUAGAAAAGCAUGUGUUAAUGAGGAGUCCUAUACUGUUCAGGGUGGUUCUGCAUCUUCAAUCAACUCUGUAAGGACACAUUUGACAGCGUCACAAAGCCAAGACAAGAGUAAUGUAAAUUUCCAAUCUGCCUCAUCUUCAUUGGCUGCAGAUUCAAUCUUGCAAGCUGUUCCAUGUAGUGGGAUUGGAGAUCCAGAUCUAGAAGCGACUCUUUCUCAGAACACAUGUUCUACGUUUUUGGAUGCUCCUAUUUUUAUCAAAGAGGGGGAAACCAGAGAGCCUGCCAUGCAGGAUAAGGAUGAAAACAAGUUAGAUGGGCUUGUUGCUGAUGAUUCUCAAACUGAGGACAGUGACUUGUACUUAUCAGAUUGCAGAAUUUUACUUGUUGGUUUUGAAGCCUCUGAAAUGCGUAAGCUAGUAAAUAUGGUGCGCAGAGGUGGGGGCUCCCGGUAUAUGUCAUUCAAUGAAAAAUUGAGUCACAUAGUUGUUGGAACUCCUUCAGAAGUUGAAAAAAAGGUUGUAAGGGGCCUUGCAGCUACAGGUGUCAUUUCUGUGGUAAGGACAAUCUGGCUUGAAGAUUGUGAUCAUGAAAAGAAAGAAGUUUCUGUACUUCGGAGGCAUAUUGCUCAUGAUUUGCUCCUUCCAAAAGAUUCUGCUUGCUUGAACAAAGGAGCAGUGGUAGGCAUUAUAAACCAGGGGAAAAGCUCUACAGUUGCAUCCAGCAUGCCAGCUGACCAGUCACUGGGAAGCAUGAACACUGGAUCUAGAAUGUUAUUGGAGAAAAGCAAGCAAAGAAUUCCGGAAGUUAACGUGAAUUGGGACAACUUUCUAGAAGAAACAGCGAGGUCUGCUCAGCAAAGCAUGCCUUCUAUAAAUGAUAAAUAUAAGAAGACUCAACAGAAGAUGGAGCAAUAUUCCAACACUCUAAAUGUUAAGGAUGGGAAGGAAUCAAGAGUGUUUAAGGGGAAGCAGUUUCGCUUUUCACAUUCUUUUCCUGAAGAUAGAAGAGCUGAAAUUGUUCAGUGGGUAAAUCAAGGGGGAGGAGAUGUAGUGGAUGAUUGGUGCAAACAGAAUGUGCACUUCGUUGUUGAAUGUCAUGGUGCUUUGCUACCCAAGUCUGUCAAUGCCUCUCAAACUACUCAUGUGUCCAGUCACUGGAUUCGAUCUUGUUUAGAGGAUGGAUGCUUGCUGGACGUCAGCAGUCACAUUCUUUAUUCUCCCCUUCCCUGCCAGAUCCCUUUACCUGGAUUUGAAAAGCUUCGCUUCUGUGUUUCACAGUAUGAAGAGAAAGAUAGAUUGCUGUUAAGAAACUUGUGCUUUGUUCUUGGAGCUAAAUUUGUGGAGAAACUGACUAAAAAGGUCACCCAUUUGCUAUGUAAGUUCACUGGGGGCCCAAAAUAUGAGGCUGCUUGUAAAUGGGGAAUAGAAUCAGUUACAUCUGAAUGGAUUUAUGAGUGCAUCAAGCAGAACGGAGUUGUUUAUGUGGACUCAUUUUGUCCAAAAGAAAUUACUGCUCAUGACCGGCAAGCAGGAUUAUGCAUUAUGAGCCAGUAUCCUACACAAGCUGCUCAAAUGAUAUCUGCUGACAAGGGUUCCCAGUUACCAACUCAAUCUCAUGACCUUGGGGACAUACCAACUCAAUCUAUUUGUAAUAGAAGUGACAGAUUUAAUGAAGAGGCAAGACAUUCCAGUGUUCACACAAAAAGAGCAAGGCUUUUGGAAGAUGAGAGUCAAAAGACUGUGCCUCCUUCUGGAGCACAAGACAUGGAUUUUAUCAGCAAGAUGAACUCUUCUGGAACCACCAUCACUGCAGUUACCGAAGAAACUUCUCAUGUUGUUCCUGAUGUUGCUGCUGCUAUUGAGGAUUUGUUAGAGCAAACUAGUAAGAUUCAUGAUCUCAAAUCACCAGGGAGGACUGGGUGUGAAAAACAUCUUUUCUCAUCUGAUUGUUCACCCCUUGGUCAAGAUCAUGCAGAUUCUCAUUCAUCUUUUGACUUAUCUAAGCACUGGUUAAACAGGUUAUUCAGAAAUUUGGUAUCUGUGUAGUUUUGCAAUUGUUGACCCAAGGAUGUCUAGCUUGGCAAAUUCAUUUAAAUUGGUCAGUAUAAAAACCUAAAUAUCUUCAUUGAGAAUGUGAGCAAGGAAAUAGUGAAAGAAUUGGUAAAUUACUUGAAGUGGAGCAUUCUGAAAUUUAAUUGGUCAAUAUAUUGAUCUAGAUAUCUGAUAAAAAAAAAUUUAUCAAUAAUUGGGAGCAUGAGCAAGAUUGGUAAAAUAAUUGUAUUGGAGCAUUCUGAAAUUUCAUAUGGUGAUGGUGUUAAUCAUUGCAGUGAUAAAAGUCUCAGGCUGUGAAGUGUGAUUGGCAGGCUUGAGUACUGGGAGCAGUCACUUUAUGCACAAACGCUAAAAGGCUAAGAUUCUAUCCAUCUCACCUCUCCUAGGACCCACUAGCUAGACCAGCGCUGGAUAGUUGUCUUUCAGUUCUUGAUAGGUAUUAAAACAAGCGGCCUUUGUACUUGGUUACGAAGUGCAUCCACCUCACCCAUCCCAGGAUCCACUUAAUUGAACCAGCAAGAGCCCAUGGCCUUUCUAUUCUUCAUGGUGUUCAAAAAGUGGCCUCCUUGUGUUUUGACUGUAAUUUUGUUCAUGGCUCUGACAAAGUUUUAACAACUAUCUCUGCUUGAAACUAAAGGCCAUCUCAUUUACCUUAUGAACAACUCAUGAUAGUAGUUUGCUGUUAUUAUAUUACAUACUUAUCAGCUAGUGCACCUGUCACUUCUAAGUCCAUGUAAAGGGUGUCUGUUUUAUCCUUCAUCGUUAGACCGGGUAAUUCGCUGGAGAUCUGCUUUAUAGUUCCAAAUUUGGUAAUAUUUGUUUGGGUAAAUUACAAAAAUCAUCCCUAAACUUUCAUCCGUGUCUCAAUUUAGUCCCUAUUUCUUUUGAAACGAUGUCAGCCCUAAAUGUCAAAUAAGUCCUAUUAAUAAUUUCCAUGAAAAAUAGAUGGGGAAAUCUAUGUGAUAAGUACAUAGACAAAUUAGACAUAUUGAAAUAUAUAAUAUAAAAACUCAUGUCAAUUUCUGAUCCAGAGUCAAAGAGUCUAUUUGAUAUUUAAGUAUAGUUUUGGGUGUGCAUUGCUUCGAAAGAAAAAAAAGAUUAGGGACUAUAUUGAGACAGGUGAAAAUGUAAGAUUGAUUUUUCUAAUUUACCCUAUUUGUUUUAAAAUCUGUAUUAUUAGUAAUGACACUGUGUACUUAUUUAAUUGUUUAAGCCUUUUAGCAAUUGUAAUAUAUAAUCAUUUGUCAUGUAUAAUGAAGCCAAUACUCAUGGAUUGCUUAUUUUAAUAUUUUUACAAGAAAACUACUGAAUCCAUUGACAAUGUAGUUGUAAUUUCCAUAACUAAAUAUUUCCUAUUAUCCUCAAUAGAGAGAAGUUUUGAUACUUGGAAAGCUUUUUAGAAGAAAACUAAUCUUGGACUGCUCUCUUGUUGGUGACCAAGAUCAGGCUUUUAACAGGACAAAGCCUACCACAAAAAUGAUAGUUAGGGAUGAAUGAAGUUCCUAUUCAAAGAUGUUUUCUAAAUGAACUGUUCUAAAAAAUCAGUCAUCUUUUUUUCCUAGUGUUUGAGACAAUGACAUUGUAUAUGUACUAGAUCUUGGGAAGUUAGAUGGUCAUCCACUUUGCAAGUCACUUGGAGGGAGAUUGAGAUUUGUAAGGAUAAUAUGACAAAAUUUAUAUUUUUACCAUGAUUGGUUUUCUUUUUUCGUAGUUCCUUUCCCUUUUGCUUUUUUCUUUAUUUUAACUUGUUUGUUGAUACAAAAGGAUCUUAGCAACUUCAAACAAAGACCCCAUGCCGCAAAGUUACAGGCACAAGUUCAAACAAAGAUCCCAUGCCCUUUCCUACUCUGAAAGCAGGCAGUUCUGUAACAGCAUCUUUUUAAAUGAAAAAAAAAAA